AUUGAAAUUGGAUUUGAUUACCCAUUGGGCAUUGCCGAAGUUUUCGUGAUCUGAAAUCACUUCUCACUUGUUUUGGCAAAUUGGCAUGACGAUCACCGCGCAUUCCAUUCCUGGAAGUUCAGAGUAUUUGGAGACAUACCCUGAGAGGAAAGUCUCUGUCUUUAAGAACCCUUACAUUAUGGGACUCACUGGAGUGGCUAGCAUAGGUGGACUUCUCUUUGGGUACGACACAGGUGUUAUAUCGGGAGCCCUUCUCUAUAUUAAGGAUGAUUUUGAUGCCGUCAGACAUAGUCAUUUGCUACAGGAAACAAUUGUCAGCAUGGCAGGGGCUGGUGCAAUUGUUGGGGCAGCAACUGGCGGUUGGAUUAAUGAUGCUUAUGGAAGAAAGAAGGCAACUCUCAUUGCAGAUGUUAUCUUUACUCUGGGAGCAAUUGUCAUGGCUGCUGCACCAGAUCCUUAUAUUCUCAUACUUGGCCGAGUUUUGGUUGGUUUGGGUGUGGGUAUAGCUUCUGUCACUGCACCUGUUUAUAUUGCAGAAUCGUCACCAUCAGAAAUAAGGGGAGCAUUAGUAAGCACAAAUGUGCUUAUGAUAACUGGUGGACAAUUUCUUUCCUAUCUCAUAAAUCUUGCUUUUACACAGGUCCCUGGGACGUGGCGGUGGAUGCUGGGAGUUUCAGGUGUUCCAGCAUUAGUUCAGUUUUUCCUCAUGCUCUUUCUGCCUGAAUCCCCCAGAUGGCUCUUUAUAAAGAAUAGGGAGGAGGAAGCCAUUAAUGUACUAGCUAAGAUCUAUGGCUUUGCUCGUUUAGAGGAUGAAGUCGCUUUACUCACAACUCAGUUAGAGCAAGAUCAAGAAAAAAGGGAUGAUAUCAGAUCUUGGGAUGUUUUUAAAUCAAAAGAAAUUCGACUUGCAUUCCUUGCUGGAGCCGGAUUGCAGGCUUUUCAACAAUUCACAGGUAUCAACACAGUGAUGUACUACAGCCCAACAAUAGUUCAAAUGGCCGGUUUUCAGUCUAAUGAAUUGGCUCUUCUCCUCUCUCUAAUAGUUUCCGGCAUGAAUGCCGCAGGAACAAUUCUUGGCAUUUACCUUAUAGACCAUGCAGGCCGCAAAAAAUUAGCACUAUGUAGCUUAGGAGGAGUAAUAGCAUCCCUUAUGAUCUUGGCCUUGUCAUUUCUUAACACAAAUGAAUAUGGAUGGCUUGCAGUUUUUGGUUUGGCACUAUAUAUUACUUUCUUCUCACCAGGAAUGGGAAUUGUGCCAUGGACAGUUAACUCAGAAAUAUACCCUCAAGAAUACAGAGGUUUAUGUGGAGGCAUGUCAGCUACUGUUAAUUGGGUUUCAAAUUUGAUUAUGACUCAGUCCUUUCUAUCAGUUGCUGCUGCUGUUGGCACUGCUGCUACUUUCUUCAUUAUUGCUAUUAUAGCUGUCCUUGCUUUUCUCUUUGUGCUUUUCUAUGUUCCUGAGACCAAAGGUUUGACAUUCAAUGAAGUUGAGCUUUUAUGGAAGGAAAGAGCUUCGGGUUUCAAUCCUCAUUCUGAGUCCCUUCUUCACCCCACGAAUCAAUCAUGAUUUUGCUACGCAGUCAAAUACAGUUCAUGUGCAUAUGCUCUCUGAGUUUUCAUAUUUUAUGUAUUUAAUUUAUCAUAUGAUUGGCCCUUUUGUAUCUAUCUGACAACUCAAUCUAGUUUAAACAUUUGAAACACGUGGUCUUCUCCCCGUGGUGGAGAUCCAAACACGUGUUCGUCUUCCUGUGGUUUGAACACAUUUCACGUGUUCACACUUUAGUACUUUAUGUUUUUUUUUAAUAAAUAUAUUAGAUGUGUUUCUUUUUUUAUUAUU